AUGGAAAUCUAUUUGUGUCAGAUUAUAUUCUUCCUGACUUUAAUACGAUAUUCUGCAUCUAUAAUAAUUUCCACUUCUUCCGGUAAAUUGAAGGGAAAAGAAGUUGGAGAUUAUCACUUGUUCAAAAAAAUUCCAUUUGCCAAACCACCACUUGGAGAAUUGAGAUUCCAGAAACCGGAGGCUGUUGAGAAAUGGGACGGAAUUUGGGAUGCGACAGAAUAUGGACCAGCGUGUAUGUCGAAUUCGACAGUUUCAAAAAGCCCUCAAAAAUGGGUAGAUGAAGAUUGUCUUCAUGUGAAUGUCUUCACUUCCAGUAAAUGUUUGAGGUCCAAAGAUUGUGCUGUGGUUGUUUGCAUCCAUGGAGGAGAUAUUCUGUACGGUUCUGCAGUGGCAUUCAAUGAUACUUACUUGCUCAACUCAUUUGUGGAAAAAGAUGUAAUCUUGGUAAUCCCAGCUUUUCGUCUUGGCAUCUUCUCUCAUUAUGUUGUCGAGAAUCAAGUUAUUUCCCCAACAAAUUUGGCGUUCUAUGAUAUUCUUCAAUCACUGGAAUUUGUGAGGUUCGAGAUUAACAAUUUUGGAGGAAGCAACAAAAAUAUUUCACUUUUCGGACACUCUUAUGGAGGAUCGAUGAUAACUAUGUUAGCAUUCAGUCCGGUAGUAAAUCAGGAUUUAAGUUUAUUCCAACAAAUCAUAGUGAUGUCCUCACAAGAAGAAUUCGAUACCUUGGCUUUUCAAAUUGAGAAAACCAAACGUUUUGCGGAAUAUGCGAAUUGCUCGGCUCCAGUUAAUAUGACUCGGGACCAAGAAGAUGUCUAUACAAUGAAAUGCUUACAAGGAAAGAGUGGAUUCGAACUAUUGAGAAUUCAAAGAUUUCUGGAAGAAGCUGGCUAUCCUCCCUAUGGAAAUGUUGCUCUACGCAAACCUCUAUUUCCGGGGAAAAUACCAUCCGAUUUUUUCGAUUCUCCAGUGAAAACUCCAAUAUUAACCGGAUGUACGGGAUAUGAGUUUGAUAAUAAACCAGGCAAUUGGGAUUUGGCUCAUUUAGCCGGUGUUGAAAAUAUCAACGAGUGUGAUGAGAAAUACCGAGAAGAUGUGGAAAGCGGAAUAUUUGGUCGCGAUAAUCAUACGGAUGAAACUGUUGGGAUUAUGGUCUCAACCAAACUUCGAGUUGAUAGAUUCUUGGAAAAAGGAAAUCCGACCUAUCUCUACGAAUUCAAGUACCCAAAACACUCAUUCCAUGUUAACGACCUUUACUACAUUCUAGGAUUACAUCCAUUCGAAAAGGAUGAAAAUGAAAAACAUUUGGAGAAAGUCUAUCAGACCAUGGUUACUGAUUUUGCAAAAUUUGGGAAUCCUGGUAUGGGAUUCGAAGCCUCCAAUCCAAAGAAUUCAAGUUACUUCGAAGUGAAUUGGAAUGAAACGAGUGGGAUAAUGGAUUAUUGGUUGAAGGAUAUGAGGGAGUACGAUAGAAAAAUCAGCGAUGAAAAACGAAGAAAAUCGUCGAAGACUCGGAAUCUAGGUUUCUCUACGUUCGAAGUAAAUUCUGCGGUUGCGGAUCGAUCCCUGUAUUUUUUCUUUAUGAUUUUAACUUUUUCUUUAGCAUUUUUACUACUUUGUUUAUUCCAAAAACAUUGUACAAACAGAAGUAAGUAUAUCCUAAUUGAAGGAGGCAAUUUUAAUGAUUUCAAAGAUACUGACCCAAAUAUAAUUUUAUCAUCGACUUUCUGUGAACAAUUUGAAAGUAUAAUCAUGUUGUUUGAAUUUCUAAAAAUCGUAUUUUCUCUGUCCUUCCUCCAAGUUUCAACAUCUAUUAUUGUAACCACCUCAUACGGAAAACUGAAUGGAAAACAGAUUGAAGGAUACCAUUCAUUCAAACAUGUUCCAUAUGCGAAACCUCCAAUUGGAAAAUUGAGAUUUCAGAGACCAGAAAAUCCCGAGAAAUGGACAAAAGUCAGAAAUGCAACAGAAUUUGGACCUGCAUGCAUGUCGAAUUCAACUGUAUCAAAAAGCCCUCAAAAAUGGAUAGAUGAAGAUUGCCUCCAUAUGAAUAUAUUCACUUCCAAUAAAUGUUUGAAAUCCAAAGAUUGCGCUGUCGUCGUCUACAUACACGGUGGUGACAUUCUAUACAACUCUGCUGUUAUGUUCAAUGAAACUUUUCUUAUGGAAUCAUUCGUCUCAAAUGAUGUUAUUCUUGUUAUACCAGCGUUUCGACUCGGAAUAUUUUCGCAUUUUAUAGUUGCAGACCAAAGUAUUGCGCCAACGAAUUUGGCAUUUUAUGAUAUUCUGAAGUCUCUCCAUUUUGUAAAGUCUGAAAUUCGAAAUUUCGGAGGGAACAGUAAGAAAGUGACUCUCUUCGGACACUCGUAUGGCGGUGCAAUAGUUACCAUGAUGAACUUUAGUCAAAGAAUCAAUCAGGAUUUGAGGUUUUUAUUCCAAAAGACAAUUGUGAUGUCAGCACAGCAAAACUUUUUGGAGUUGGAGUUAAUGAUAAAUAGAACCAGGACUUUUGCUGAACAUGCGAAUUGCUUGGUUCCUGUUGGAAUGUCAGAAAAAAUGUCAAGAAGUAAACAGGAUAGAUUCACGAUGAACUGUUUACAGAAGAAAAGUGGACAAGAAUUAUUGAGAAUACAACGAUUUCUGGAAGAGCAAGGAUAUCCUUUGUAUGAAGGAACCGUUCAAAGAGAGCCUAUGUUCGAAAAGGGAAAGUUUUCUGAGUUCAUGGAUUCUCCGAAAAUGAUUCCCAUGCUAACGGGAUGUACUGCAUUCGAGAUGGAUGAUGAGCAGUUCGCUGUUCCAGUAGCAGAACUGAUAGGUUUUGAGAAUCCAGACGAGUGUGAAGCAAAGUAUAGACGAGAUUUGAAAAAUGGAAUUUUUGAACGCAACAAUCAUUCGGACGAAACUAUCACAAUGAUGGUCUCAACUAAACUCAGAAUUAAUAAGCUCCUGGAGAAAUAUAUUCCGACGUAUCUCUACGAAUUCAGUUACCCAAAACACUCUCUACACGUUGGUGAUCUUUACUAUUUGAUGGGCUUACAUCCAUUUGAAGAAGAUGAAAACGAGAUUCAUUUGAAGGAAGUGUAUAGAGACAUGUUUAUGAAUUUUGCAAAGUAUGGAAAUCCGGGAUUAGGUUUUGAGAUGACCGAUUUGAAAACCUCGAGCUAUUUUGACGUGAAUUGGGAUGAGAAAACUGGAUUGAGACCCCAAAUGAAAACUGGGUUUGAGAAGAAGUUUAUGGAUUACUGGCUGAAAGACAUGAAUGAAUACGACCAAGCCGUGUCCAAGGAGAAGCAGAGGAACACUUCAAAAACUCGAAAUAUGAAGUCUUUACCGAUCAAUGAGGAAUUCGAAGAAUCGCAUAAUUUUUUGUUUAGUCUUCUUGUAAUGUUUUUGGCAUUAUCAAUAGUAUUUUUGGGUUGGAAAACAUGUAGACCAAAAAAAAGAAAUUUGUAUAUUAGAAUUGAUGGAGCAAACUUUAGGAAAAACCCAGAAUUUUUUAACAAAUAA